GCCUGCAGACGUUGCUGGCGCUGCUCCUCGAGGGCUUUUACUGUAGUGUUUACUGCCGACAACAAAGGCGGUUUCAGCUUCACUGACUGACAACGUGACUGUUGUUUGGUUAUGGGCGUUCACACGAUUCAGUGCAGUUCUUGUGUGUUUAGUGCGGAAUUAUUGGGGUUUGAUGUGCUGUAUAGUUAAAAGGUUUGACACUGGUAUUUGCAAACACGUGUAGCCUUUAUCCUAGCAGCACCAAUGUCUACCAUGCCCACGGAGCGAACACCCCUCUUGCCUCGACAUCCCUCAGGUAGCUUAUUCGUGUACAAUGCUUUUGCAGCUCGGUGCAUGUCAGAUGUUAUACCUUAUGCAGUGUAGCUUACACGAUGGAUGCAAGGGAUGCUCGUAGGCAGUCGGCAGCCACCAUAGUGAUCUUGGUGGUGCUGACCUUAGAACGUCUUGCUUACUAUGCUCUUGCCACAAACUUCUUUCUCUUUCUCAACAAGGGUCCAUGGGAUGGGCCCCAGGCUUGGGAUUCCCUGGAUGCUAUGAAUGCUGUGUUUGUCUUGGCUGGAGUCUCAUACAUGUCUGCUCUCUUGGGCGGAUAUAUAUCGGAUGCAUGGCUUGGACGCUUUAAGACUAUGGUGGUGGGAUUUUUAUUAUACAUAAGUGGUUAUAUCCUUCUGACCCUAAUGGCAAUUGACCGGCUGCCACGGACCAUAUGUGAAGCAAAUAAUGAUAGUAUGGGUUAUGAUCCAAAUGGUGCUCCUAAUGCACCUUGCAAGGUUGCUGUUUACAUAUCCGUGACAAUUGUGGGUUUAGGUGUUGGCAUUGUCAAGAGCAACAUCGCACCUUUCGGUGCUGAACAGCUCAAUACUGCGAAUCCACGGAGAACUCGGUCAUUUUUCAACUGGUUCUAUUGGUGCAUCAACCUUGGCAGCCUUUUUGGUGUUGGGGUCCUUACCUACAUAGAACAAGACAAUCCAGGAAUUUGCACCAAUGGCUUCUUUUGUGGAUACCUUAUAUCUUCAGGUUGCUUGCUUUUGGCCCUGAUAUUGUUCAUCAUUGUUUUGCCGUGUUACCACAUCGUGCCACCAGAAGGUAGUGUGUUGGGCAACAUCCUUAAGAUCCUUUGGGAAUCUUUAUGUGCUCAAAUUCGGCAUUGGAGAUAUAACAGCCCCAAUCCCAACACUAGCCCUCUUCAUCUGGAGCCAAGAUUUCUGGACAGAGCAAAGAUACGAUUUGGUGGUUCCUUCCAUGAGUCUGCAGUAGACGAUGUGCGUUCACUUGGGAAGUUGUUGAAUGUCUUCACUGCUCUUAUACCUUAUUGGCUGGUGUAUUUCCAGAUGGAGACCAGUUUUCAGGCCCAAGGUCUGCACAUGCGCUUCUCUAUUUAUGGCACUAACCACUCCACUGAUAUGCAAGACGAUAUACUACAGACAACUGAGAGGGAGGAAUUUAGUGUUCCAGCUGCAUGGCUCACGCUCUUCAACCAGCUGUUUCUAAUUGGAGCCAUCCCUCUUGUUACCAGUUUCCUAUACCCAGUCAUGGACAAAGCAGGCAUUCGCAUGUCGAUGCUCUUCAGGAUAGGUAUUGGUAUGGUCUUCAGUAUCUUCGCAGUUAUGAUUGCCGGCAGUCUGGAAUCUUACCGGAUAUUCCUCUGGCGGACUGACAAUUCUUCUCAUAUUGAGCAGAUUGUGGGUAAUGUGACGUAUCAUGCAGUUAACAUUUCCAUCUUCUGGCAAAUUCCUCAAUAUAUUCUGGUUGGGGCAGCUGAACUCUUUGCCAGUAUUGCAGGUUUGGAAUUUGCAUAUUCUGCAGCACCACGAACCUUCCAGGGAAUGAUCAUGGGCCUAUUUUACACCAUGGAAGGCAUUGGUUCCCUUCUUGGAACGGCAUUGCUCCACCUUGUGAGUCCUUUCUGGCUCAGCAACAUGACUGACUAUGGUAACAUCAAUGAUAAUCACCUGGACUUUUACCUCUACUUCCUAGGAAUCUUACAGUUUACCACGUUUUUGGUCUAUUGUGGCUCACUCUACAUGCAAAGAUUUUCCCUGAGACCAAUAGCAAUGCCACAUACCAGAAGAGGCAGGGGGAGGAGGCAUCCUGGUGAUGGGCGUGCAGGCGGGAGCGGAGGAGCUACUAGUACAUUGCAUGAAGAGGAUGAAGAUGAGCAGGAUGGUGAUGAGGACCCUGAUAACGAAGAGGAAGACAAUGGUGAAGUGAGACCCACUGAUACUCAGCUGUUGUUAUGAGAAUGUCUUACAUCUGCUGCAUCCUUCAUUGUGUAAAUAUUGAAUCUCAGCACCUAAGUCUUCACUUUAUUACUCACAAUUCCUUUAAUGAUUAGUGCUAUUAUCUUAGUUAUAAUUUGUUGUGCAUUCAUCAUGGAGCUUGACAAUUUUAAUAUAAUUUUAAUUGAAAAUGCUUAAAAUUGUGUGAUUUUCUUUUUAUAUGCCUUGUUUACUAUAUGUCUGUAUUAACCUAAAGUAUUUUUCAUGUUCAUGUUAACCUCAAAGACCAAAUAUUUUGAAAUGCUGUAUCAGUACCAGCUGAUGUAACCACUUACUUUUGUAACAGCCACAUUUGCAUUGCAGCACAAUUACUGCACUAUAUAUAUUGUCUACUCCAUUGGAAAGAUGGUUGCACCAGAAACUUUGACUUGUAUUGCAAAAUACACACAUUCUCCAUAAUUAUAAAGUGAAUCAAGUUCCUACAAAAUGUCAUUGAAUUCUUGAACCAUAGAAUGUCUUGAGAGUGGGAAAGUCAAUGGGCUUUUUCUUUGAAAAUCAUAUGGGUAGCUUUGUUUUGUUCAGUCAGUUUUUUGGAUAUUGUCCCUUAUUUCCUUAAAUAAUGGCUUUAUCCUGUUAAUAAAAAGGUCCUAGACACUCAUGAUCUAGAGAAAUAGUUUGGGUUGUGGGAAAAGUCGGUGAGUGGAAUAAAUUGUAUGGUGGAUAUUCAAUUUAAGUUUGAGGCGGUUUUCAUUCACCUAUUAAGGGGACGUCAUGGGAUUACCUUGGAAAAAUUAAAUUUAGGGAUAGAGACAUGGGAAAGGUUAGAGGCAAGAGUGAAAAAAAAAAUGUAAUCAGGUUCUCUCGAUAGAUAUUCAUCAUAUGUCAGAAUAUAAUUAAUAUUUUACUCAAUAAAAUUUACCCAUAGUGGGUUGGAAAUAUGAUUGUAUGAAUGGAGUCUACUUUAAUAAUAAUAUCAUCUGGAAUGCAUUUUUAUCUGUUUUCUUAAAUUGGUGAAAUAGUACUAAGAGUAUGGGCUAGGAGAAAGUCAUCAAGCAGAGUUGAAACAAAAUUCUGUGAGUGAUUAUUAUUUUCAGUAUGUCAAAGGUUUUGUUCAAUCACUGACCUUCCUUCAGAAAACCAGCAUUGAAUGUAGUGAAACACCUAUUUCUGGUUGGGCCUUGAUGGCUCCCUGGUGCUAGCUCAUUCUGAUAGUUCCUGAACGGUCUACUGGAAACCUGAGCCAGAACCUGGCCCCGACACAGAGAUGCAGGGAGAAGGGGAUUUUUACUAUCACCCUCACUAUGGCUAGUACCAGCUAGCCACAACCAGGUGGCAGUACCACCAGGAGCUACACACCAACACACCUGGAAGGUGGGGGGAGGGGGGGGGACCAUACAGCCACUGAGGUAAAACCAGAAAGAGGUGUUUCAUAUAUUCAAUGCUAGUUUUCUGGAGGAGCCAAACAGUUGUUCCCUGUAGCUAACCACAGAGCAGAAGAAAGAAAUGGGACUUGCCAGGAAAGAGAGCAAAGGCUUUACCCUUGAAAAGCACCUGGGAUGGGAAACCUGACUCGGAGCAACACACACACAC